UAUGUAUUGCCUCCUCUUCCUCUGCUUUUGGUGUACUUUGUUCCGAUCCGCCAAUUUCUUGUGCUGUGUCUUUCUGCUUUCACAUACAAAUCAUUCAAAGAAAGAAUCGUCGGCCUUUUGUUUCUACGACUGCCUCUCUUCAUUCCUCUGCUAAGUGUUCAGUUUAACCUGCUUUCUUUCAUUUUCAGUUUAUUACUGUUUGUAGUUCCCAAUCUUUUCAUCAAGCUUGUUUUGAUAUUUCCCCAAAAAAGAAAAAAUCGCUACUCUUCUCCAUCCAGUUUCGUGCUUUUUGUCAAUCGCAUGCAUGUGAAAAUCUUUAGCAAUAAAACCAAAAAAAUAUCUUUUCGAGGCUUUUGUUUUCUGCUGCGUGUCCAGUUUAUAUAUUUAAACAAUUUCAAAAAAGAAAAAAAAGUUGGUGUUUUCAUUUACGAGUCUCUUUUGUUGUCACUCUUCUUUUGCUUGAAUUUGAGUUGUUAAAUUCUUGUCAAUCUUCCAAAACAGAAAGAUUUUUUGUACUGACUGUCUGUAUUUCACCUCAGAACUGGAAAAAAAAAAAAAAAAAAGUUGGUUCCGAGAUUUCUUUCCUUUCUGUUAUUCUUUUGCGUAUAUGAAAUUCGUGGUUUUCUUGUGAUGUUUCAUAAAUAAAAAUAUACAAAAAAAAAAAUUGUGCUCUUAAAGUUUUGGUACUGUAUUCGUUAAGACAAGUGGUGUUGUUGAUCGUGAAGUGAAAGAGGUAAAGGAGAACUUUACUUGCUUAUCAAAUCUCCAGCUAAACAUCCGCAACCACACAUCACCUCUCACUCACAUUGGAGGUGCGUUGCGACAUUCAUUCUACAUGCCGUGGUGCAAUCCUCUCUAUGCAAUGAGCUAUAGUACAAGCAUCAUGCACGUCGGUGCAUUGCACGGGUUUGACAACAUUAUUGUUAUUAUUUGACAGCAAUAAAGGAAGUAAGAAUGGACAUUCUCAUAUCUGUUGCGACAAAAUUAGCAGAGCUUAUUAUGGAACCCAUUGGAAGGCAGGUGGGAUAUUUAUUAUGCUAUAGAAACUACUUUAAGGAGCUAAGUGAUAAAGUAGAGGAGUUGCAGACAACAAAAGAACGUAUUGACCAUGAAGUUUCACAAGAAAUAAGAAAUGGAAGAGAGAUUGAAGGUGAUGUGCUAGCAUGGCAAGAAAGUGUUAUUAAGACUUUAAAUGAAGUAAAGAAGCUUUGUGGAGAUGCACGUAAUACAAAUGUUGGGUGUUCUAAAUGGUCAUUUCCUAAUUUGAAGUCCCGAUAUCAACUUAGUAGAAAAGUAAAGAAAAUGGUGAACACCAUUAUCAAAAUGAAGGAAAAGGGGAUUUUUGCUCGAGUUGGCUAUGUUCGACAUUUAAAUAUAACGAAAAACUUUCCUACUACAAAAGGGAUUAGUGAGCUUGAGUCAAGAAACUUAGUAAAAAAAGAGGUUGUCUCAUCUCUAAAGGACCCCAAGGUCAACAAAAUUGGGGUUUUUGGAAUAAGUGGAGUUGGGAAGACCACUUUAGUUCAAGAGGUUGCCAAACAAGUUAAGGAUGAAAAGCUAUUCAAUGAAGUAGUUUUUGUAACAAUAUCCCAAACUAAUCUUGAACGAAUUCAAGAUGAUAUUGCAGAGCAAUUAGACCUUCAUUUGAAAGAGAUGACCUCAUCAAUAAUAAGAGCCAACUGCUUGUGUGAGAGGAUUGAAAGGGAGAAAAAUAUCCUUAUCAUACUAGAUGAUAUAUGGGAGGAAAUUAAUUUAGAAAAGUUGGGAAUACCUUUUUUAGAUAUAUGGGGAAAAAUUAGUUCAGACAAGUUAGGGUCUCAUUCAAAAGAUGAUUACAAGGGUUGCAAAUUAUUGUUGACUUCGAGAAGUCAAGAUAUUUUACUGAAGAAUGAAACUCAAAAGAACUUUUCCCUUCAAAUUUUAAAUGAUGUAGAAUCUUGGAGAAUUUUUGAAGCUAUGGUUGGUGAUAUUGUUCAUGAUGCUAGUUUCCAAACUAUAGCAACCCAAGUGGCUCAAAAGUGUCUAGGCUUGCCUAUUUUGAUAGUCACAAUUGCAAAGUCAUUGAAAGAUAAGAAGAAUAUUCAUUAUUGGAAAGAUACCUUAAACAAUUUAAAAAGUAUUGAUAACAAGGACGUGCGUGACAUUCUUUUGUCAUCUUUGGAGUUCAAUCUCAAUCGAUUAGAAGUUGAUAUGAAGGAAGUAUUCUUGCUUUGUGGUGUACGUGGAACAUCCAUGAUGGUUAAUGACUUGUUGAAAUAUGCUAUUGGUUUAGGUAUAUUCAAUGGUAUAAAUACCAUCGAAGGUGCAAGAAAUAGACUUUAUAGAAUAAUUGACGACCUAAAGGCCUCUUGUUUAUUGGUUGAUGAUGAUUCAAGAGUAGAAUUUGUCAAAAUGCACGACAUUGUUCGUGAAGUAGCCAUCUUAAUUGCUUCAAAAGAAGUUUUCACGAGAAUUAAUACUAAGUGGCAAAGUUGGCUUGGAAAUGAUGUUCCUAAAACAUGUACCCAUAUUAUCUUGGACUGUUGUUGCAUCCAAAAGCUUCCUGAAAGGUUAGAUUGUCCCUAUUUGACAUUUCUUCACAUAGACAGCUCUGAUAAUCGUACUUUAAAAAUUCCAGGUUCCUUUUUUGAGGGGAUGGGAAACCUUGAAGCAUUAGAUUUGACAGGCCUGAUCAUAUUUUCACUACCCAUUUCUCUUAGCACCUUGAUCAAACUAAAAACAUUGUGUUUGGAUCAAUGCUCCUUGAAAGAUAUGUCAGGAAUAGGUUCCUUGAUAAAUUUAGAAAUUCUUAGCUUUAUCUAUUCAUCUAUAGAAGAGUUCCCAUGUGAAAUAGGGCAGUUGACUAAUCUUAGAAUGUUAGAUUUGGGCAACUCUGGAAUUAAGACCUUUCUGCCCAACAUUUUAUGCAAGCUGACCAAAUUAGAGGAACUAUAUAUAGGCAACACCAUAAUUAAUUGGGAGGUGGAAACUUCAACUGAGCAAAAGAGAAAUGCUAGUCUUAUAGAGCUUUGUCAUUUGAAAAAGUUGACCACUCUAGAAAUUCAAAUCCAUGAGCCUUGGCUUUUGCUGAAAGAGAUACCAUUUGACAACUUAGUAAGAUACAAGGUCAUUAUCGGAGAUAAAUGGGAAUGGUCAUCAAGUGAAGAGACCUCAAGGGUUCUAAAGGUAAAGCUAGAUACCAACAUUCGUAAGGAACGGGGAAUUAAUACAUUAAUUGAAGGGGCUGAAGAUCUAUACUUGGAUAAAAUAAAUGGCAUUCCAAAUGUGUUUUUUGAAUUGAAUGGCAAAGGAUUUCCACUGUUAAAGCAUUUGCACAUCCAAAAUAAUGGUGAAAUUAAGUAUGUUAUCAACUCAAUAGUGAAGAGGGAUCAAACUCAUGUUUCGUUCCCAAAAUUAGAGACAUUGAUACUUCACAACCUCAAUAACUUGGUAAAGAUAUGUGAUGGUCCAAUUAGGGAUAAUUCUUUUGGCAGACUCAUGGUUGUCAAAGUUAAAAGUUGUAACCAAUUGGUAUAUCUCUUCUCUAUUUCAAUGAUUAAAGCUUUUUCUCAACUUGUUGAGAUUGAAGUUUCAGAAUGCAGUUCUAUGAAGAAGAUUGUGUUUGUAGAAAGUGCAGAUAGUGGCAAAAGUAUUGAUGAGAAGAUUGAGUUUCUUUCAUUGCGCUCGCUAACUUUAUACCAUUUGCCAACCACUGGCAAUUUUUGCUCGCAUGAGUUGACAUCUCUUCAAAGUACUAAGCAAAACUCAUGGAGGGCUAAUAUUCCAACACCAUUUUUUAGUAACAAGGUUAAAUUUUCUAAUUUGGAGACUUUGAAGUUGAGUUCGGUCAAUUUGAAAAAAAUUUGGGAAGAUCAUCAGUCUUCUGCACCCUAUUUGGUCCAAAAUUUAGCUAACUUGACUGUAGAAAAUUGUGGUGGCUUAACAUAUUUAUUCUCUUCUUCUAUGAUUGGAAGACUUUUGAAUCUCAAGCAACUUAAAAUUAGUAAAUGUGAUAUGAUGGGGGAGAUAAUUGCUACAGAUGGGAGAAAUGGCUCUGCAAUAGGAGAGGCACUUUUUCCCAAAUUGGAAGCAAUAAUAAUAAAAGACAUGAAGAACUUGACGACGAUGUGGCAUCGAAUCCUGGCUUCCAAUUCCUUGGCUAGCUUUAAGACGUUAGAAGUCAAAAAUUGUGAAAAAAUUGAGAAAAUACUUCCGGAAUAUAUGAGUAAAGCAUUUGCAACUCUGGAGACAUUAAAGGUUGAAGAUUGUAAGUUGGUGCAAGAGAUAUUUCAGUUGGGUGUCAAUGCAAAUGAUAUAAUGACACAGCUCAAGUAUAUCACACUACGACGAUUACCACAGCUCAAACAAAUUUGGAGUAAAGAUCCUCAAUCAUGUCUUCGCUUUGAGAAUCUGCAAGUUGUGUGUGUUAAAGAGUGUGAAGUUUUAGAAUACCUUUUUCCUUUCUCCAUAGCCUUGGACCUACCUCAACUGGAGCAAAUUAUAAUAAAUGAAGCACAAAAUAUGAAGCAUAUUGUCUCAAAAAAAGAAGGAACCUUGGAUAGUCCUGCUAGAUUUGAGUUUAAUCAACUUAAAUCAUUGGUGCUUUGGGAUUUAGAAGAUUUGGAAGGAUUUUGUCUAGAAAACCACACUUUUGCUUGUUGGUCAUUGAAAGAGUUAAAUGUCUACAAUUGUGUGAAAUUAAAGCUAUUCAAGACACAGUGUCAGGAAGGAGUUUGUGAUAAUAAUCUCCAAGUCCCAAUGCAACAACCUCUUUUCACAUUGGAAGAGUUAAUAUGCAACUUAGAGGAGUUAAAUCUAAACAAUGAGGAUGAUAGGAUGGCUCUUCAAUGGCAAAUCUCAAGGGAUCACUCCUGCAAACUCAAACUUCUUUGGUUGUGCAAUAUAGAAGAUGCCCAAGCUAAUUUUCUAUAUUGGAUUCUUCAAAAUAUUACUUGCCUUGAGUGGCUAGUCAUUGAGGCCAAUUCUUCCAAGGUGAUAUUCCAAGAUGAAAUGCCCAAAGAUGAGAAAGGACAAAGUGAUAUCAAAGCACAACUCAAAAGGUUGUCACUCUCUAACAUGGUUGAACUCCAGCAUAUUUGUAAGGAAGGGUUCCAAUCAAAUCUAAUUCUUGAGGCUCUUGAACACUUAGAUGUAUAUAAUUGUUCCAAUCUAAAGCUCUUAGUGCCUUCAUUUGUUACUUUCAAUCGCUUGACAUAUUUAGAUGUGGAAAAUUGCAAUGGGUUGAUUGCUGUAAUUACAACAUCAACAGCAAGAAGUCUAGCCAUGUUAACAACAUUGAAAAUAAGAGCAUGUAAGUCAAUUGAACAAAUUGUGGCUCAAGAGGGAGGAGAGGGCACAAAUAAUGAAAUUGCAUUUGAUAGCCUAGAAGUUUUGGAACUUGAAUCUUUGCCAAAACUCAAAACGUUUUGCUCUAGUAGUUGCUCCUUGAAAGUUCCAUUGUUAGAGAAACUUGUGAUAAGGCAAUGCGCGAGAAUGAAGAGAUUCUCUACGAGCGAUACAAGUGCACCAUUACUUCAAAGGAUACUGACAGAUGACCAAGAUGAAAAAUGGUUUUGUGAAGGUGACCUAAAUGGUACAGUGAAAAAGAUCUUCCAACAUAUGGUGGCAUUUCGUAGCCUAGAGCGUUUGGAGCUAUUUCAAUAUCCUGAGUUCACAGAAAUGUCAAAACCAACAUCAACAUGUUCCAUUGAACAGGCGGCAUUUAGUAGCUUCAAUCAUUUGGAAUUAUUUGAAUAUCUAGAGCUGAAACAACUAUGGUAUGACCAGGUUGUGCAUAAAAUAUUCUGUAAUGUGAAGCAUUUGGUGGUGCAUAAAUGUUCAUUUUUAUCCAACAUCAUUUUUUCAUCAAAUUUACUGCAAUUGCUAUAUAUAUUGGAGGAACUGGAAGUAACAGAGUGUGAUUCAUUAGAAGCAGUAUUUGAUAUAAAAGAUGACAGAGUAGUGAUGGAAUCAAAGGAAACUAGUCGGUUGAAAAAAAUAACACUCUCGGGGCUUCCAAAUUUGAAACACGUGUGGAAUAAAGAAGUGGCAAAAAUAAUCAGCUUUGGAAAUUUACAGGUUUUGAAAGUUGACAAAUGCCAACAACUAAAAAGUUUGUUUUCCAUCUCACUAUGCCAAGGCUUGAGGCAACUUGAAGAGCUGAACAUUGAAUCUUGUGAUGGUGUCAAGGAAAUUGUUGCAAAUGAAGGAUUAGAGGAACUUACGCUUGAUUUUCCUCGGUUAAACUGUUGAGGCUA